UACGAGAAGGAGGUUCGAUAUCUUUUAUCUGAAUAAUACUUUUCAAUUUAAGAGCAGCCACAUUAGUCCAAUAGGGUAUUUUUUUUGCAAAUAAUAUCAAUAUCUGAAAACCUGGGUGCUGUGAUGAUAAAGCUACAGACGGUGUCGUAUUAGUGUUUGUUUAGCUGUCUCCAAACACAGCCUGUGGGGAUGACUACGGAUCUAUUAUCCGAUUUGGACACCCGAUUUUUCGCCGAUAACCUCCUGACGAGCGAAGACUGGGAUGCCUGCCUGUACCAGUGCGAGAGCAUGGAAGAGGGGGAGGAUGGAGACUUCAGCCGGGGGUUGAAAUACGACGCAUCGUUCGACAAUGACCUCGUGCUCACCCUCGAUCCUGACAACCGCACGUCACCAUGGCGACACCUGGACGAGAACCUCCUCACAGGAGACACUCCUGCAAUAAAAACUGAAAUGAGAAUAACCAAGCCUCUACCUGUGGACAUGUUGUUUCAUAUAAAAGCAGAGCCGCCGUCUCCUGCUUCGUCUCUGGAGUCCGAAUGUUCGGCGUCGUCAUCGCCUGUCCCACAGAUCACAGUUAAAGGCGAAAACCCUCCGACUCCUCCGUACAUGUACGGAGACGUCCUGUCGCCUCCUCUGGGAGCGAUGGAGGUAACCGUGGCAACGACGGCAUUAACCCAGUCACAGAACCAGAUUCCAGGGGCAACACAGACGCAGCUACAGACGCCGCGGACGACACCGGUCCCCACGGUCGUCGGUGGACUCCAGACUCAGGCUGCAGUCCUGCCGGGCUCGGCGACGUUGAAGGCCAGCACCAUCCUGAGCACCAAACCUCCCAUCCAGCCCCGGCCCGUGUGCGUCACCGCCCUCCCCGUAUCCCAGAACCCCACCACACCCAAGACCCUCAUCCUGCAGGGCCUCCCCUCCGUGGACCAGACCAGACCCGUCGUCCUCUCUCAGUCCGUCUGCCUCGGUUCAGCGCCGGCCAUCGUCAAAGUGGAGCCCGUCUCUCCCAGCAUCCCUCAGCACUGCUCCAGCCCCGCCGCCUCCACCUGCAGCAAACCCAUCGUCCCAGCAACCGCAACAUUACCCAGCAGCAACUCCGGUGACAUUGACAUGAAGCAAUUGAAGCGGCAGCAGAGGAUGAUAAAGAACCGGGAAUCUGCCUGCCAGUCGAGAAAGAAGAAGAAGGAAUAUCUCCAGAAUCUGGAGUCGCAGUUGAGGGAAGCUCAGCAGGAGAACGAACGCCUUCGCAGGGAGAACCAGGCACUGAGGGAGAGACUGGCCGGGAAGGAGCGCAACGACUCCACCAGCAACAAGAGAGCCGUGUGCGUCAUGGCCGUCCUGCUGUUCAUGACCUUCAGCUUCGGACCCGUCAGCAUCACGGACAAGAAGCUAUCUACGGGGCUGCAGGAGGACGUGGUGUCGUACACGGGCCGGCGGCUGCUGGAGAUCGAGCAGCGGCAGCAGCGGCGGCAGCAGCAGCAACAGGCUGCUCCCAGCGCAGUGGAGGACAAGACGGAGGCGGAGGACGACGGAGAGGAGCGGUGGAAGAGAGGAGAGGUGGAGAGGGACCCUGUAGAGUCCUAUCAGUUCAGAAACCUGAGCGACAUGUUCAGUGACAUGAAGGAUCUGGUCCUGCAAGACAUCGACCGCUACUUCACCUCUUCUGACUGCCGGCAGUUCAACCGCUCCGAGUCCCUCAGGCUUGCGGACGAGCUGCGGGGAUGGGUCCAUCGACAUCAGAACAACCGGAAGAAGUCUGGAGGGAAAGCGAAGAAAGCGAAGAUUGCUCAGCACAAAGCUCACCUGAGGAAGACGAACUUCUCCAGAUAUCUGCCCAUCCAGACUCACCACUCCAUAGAGAGUCAGCUGCAGGUUCUUCCCGGUCCGGAGGUCUCGUACAGCGACUUCCUGGAUGCCAUCGACCGCAGGGAGGACACGUUCUACGUGGUCUCUUUCAGGAGGGACCACCUGUUGCUUCCUGCCAUCAGCCACAACAAAACCAGCCGACCCAAAAUGUCUCUGGUGAUGCCUGCCAUGUCCGUGAACGAGAGUCUGUAUAACUCGUCUCAGGGCUACGAGAUGAUGAUGCAGGUCGACUGCGAGGUCAUGGACACUCGAAUCGUCCCCAUCAAGUCGUCGGCCGUCCCUCCGUCUCUCCGUGAUCCGCCGCCGCCUCCCCCCUCCUCCCAUCACGGCGCCCACCAUCACCACGGCAACAACACCUCCCUGCGGGGGCGCAACCACCACCACCAGCCGCCCCCCUCCUCCUCAUCAGCCUCACCCAGGCAGCCUUUACCCGCCCGCAGAAGGACACCUGAAUAUUUGAUCAGCCAGUCAGAAGGAGAUUGAAGAAACGUUGCCAUGGUGACGACAGGAAGAUAAGGUGAAGAGGUUAAAAAAAAAAAAAAAAAUGAGUUAAAGGUUGAUGAGUCGGACAGAGAAUCGGAGGAAAUGCCUUGAAAAGUACUUGCAUCUUCAAACAGUAAAAGUUGAAUACACGCCUCCUCCGUGAGCAGAAGUCGACUUCCCGAGGUCAGAAUUCGACCUCCGGCAGCCUCUCGAAACUUUAUUACCUUGUGCAGGUACUGAUGCCGUUGUUUAAACUAAACUAUAACAUCCUAAUAUAUACAAAUGUUUUUUUUGAAAAGUGGGUCAAAUGCAGACAGGACAGCAAACAUGCACUUCAAAAUGUUUAGUUUCAUAUAAUACAGAAGCACGGCGCGACCUUAAACCAGUCCUGACCUCUUAAACCGUCGCGUCAGGAGGUUUUUCGCGGCUGAAAAGUCCCAGACCAAAACAAAAAAGUAUCGUCUUCAUACUGUUCGGCGCUCUAUCGGAGGCUGUUCAUCACAAACACAGGCCGUGGCCUCCCAGUACAGUUUGUAUAGUUUGUAUUUAUGUGGCUCUGUCUUAAUCCGCAGAAGCACACCGCAGGCACUGAAGAAGAAAGUGUAAAUAGAAAUUCUUUAUCUCAUUGUCUAUUGAUUAAUGUACGAUGUCUGUCGGGGACGGUGGGGUUUGUUUGAGCGGGGCCUGCUUUUUAUGGACCAGUCACAAAGUAGCAAAACCUCGGCCGUACUUCAGGUCUUAGAGGUCUGAAAUGAGUCCAAACGGAUACAAUGCACAUGUUUAUGUAGUUUGAAAACUUCAUAAAACUAGAAGCAAUAUAACUUAAUGACAAAAGGACAUGAGCUGUUGAGCAACUUUUGUUUCUGUCAAAUUAUCUCAAACAGAACUACAAAAACGAGAUGAAGGCAUCCAACAUCUUUUUCAGAUGAAGAAAUGUCACGUUUGAUAUCAGCCCUGCCAGGAGAUGCAUGAUGGGGGAUUUUAUAGGCUUGUGGAAUAAUAAAAAAGAGAAAUACUGAUUUAAAUCUGCUGAAUUGGUAAAAUAAAAUAAAUAUGUGGGAGUCACACGAGUGCAGAAAAUCUAAACAUAGUUCAUCUAAUGUUCGUUUUUAACAUAUAAACUUUUUUUUCUCUCUCUCAUAACACCUGCUGACCAGGACAUAGUUGUGGAGUAAAUACGACACAUCAGUUUAGUCAAUUUAUCUUUGAUGGCAAGAUGUAAAAAAAAAAAAAAAAAAGUAACAUCCUUGUGAAUUCUGAUCAAAUAGUUUUGGUUUUGUAAAAUGACAAGUCUUUUUUGUUUUCAUGUUAAAUCCUGUUUAUAGGUUUUUGUGGUAGAACAGAAAUGUGUUUAAUAAUUUAAUCAGUUUUGCAGCACAUAAUACCACUCAGAUCCUGCUACACGUGUCAGCUGUAACAUUUAUUCAUGUGUUUUUUUUAUUAUUAUUAUUAUUAUUUAAUAGUUGUAAAUAUGAGUGUAGAUAUUUGGUUUGUACAUGUCACCUUUUUUAAUUUUUUAUAUAUUUCUUUUCACAACAAAAAGUAAAAACAUGAGAGAAAUUC